AUGAGUGUUUUCAAGCUUCCGAAGACCCUUUGUACGAAUCUGGAAAAGGUGAUGAACAUGUUAAUGUGGGGUAACACGAGCUCUUCAAAAGGUUUAAAGUGGAUGAAAUGGUCAAGAUUGGGGCAAUCCAAGCUUAAUGGGGGUCUAGGCUACAGAGACUUGGAAGUUUUUAAUCUUUCUCUUCUCGCCAAACAGGGAUGGAGGUUAAUCCAAGACCUCAAUCCCUUGGUUGGCAGAAUUAUGAAUGAUAAGUACUUUCCCAGAGGAUCCUUUCUCUUAGCAACGUUGGGUCACAAUCCCUCUUUUUCUUGGCGCAAUAUUUUGAAGGCUCGCCCAGUUCUAGAGAAUGGAUUAAUAUGGCGUGUAGGGAAUGGAGAGAAGAUUCGAAUAUGGGGUGAUAAGUGGCUGCCCAACUCUUAUGAUUUUCUGGUUCAUUCUCCCCCUAACGGCUUGGAUAAUGAGGACAAGGUUUGUUCGCUCAUUGAUCCACUCACAAGCAGAUGGAAGACUAAUAUCCUUGGCGAAUAUUUCGACCCCGUGGAGGUGGAAAUGAUUAGCCGUUUGAUUCCCGGUCCUUUGCUGUGA